GUCUCGAACAGAAAUAAGGCAAAGGUUGCCUUGCGAACGUAACAUACUCGGUUAUUAACGAUAAAGCAAUAAACUUAAAACUAUAUCUUCGGACGCCGACAAGAAUAUAUUUGAGUGGUGUAGCAUAACACACGUAGUACAAAACAUUCCCAAUGAGAUAAAGAAUAAAGCUCUCACGCCCCGGGAAUCUACCAAAAGGUUCGUCAUCAUAUCAACGACAAUAUGACAGUCACCAUAGCACCAGCAAGCCAGGAAGAUAUACGUGAGGUUCUUCGUGUCAUGUUCAAGGCAUACGAAGGCAAAGAUGCAUACAUCAACGCAUGCUUUCCUCGUGGCCUCACCGACGAAGGAUUAGAGAUAAACUAUCAAAGGCUUUUGUUUCUCACGAAGAUCGUCCCUGAAAUUUAUUGGGAGAAAGCCACUGAUGACGAAAGUGGAAAAAUCAUUGGGGGCACGAUGUGGGCGCUACAUAAGGAUGCGAAGCCAACCAAAGCGCCGCUCGACGGCCCAGAAGGUACUUGGGAGAAUCAAACAGAAAAGGAAUACGGACAGGCAUUGUUCAGCUCAGGUGGAGAGGAUGAUGAGAGUUAUUGGGCUCAAAAUGGACUGCCCAUAUUAAGUGAGUGCUCAUUAUUUUUUGUUGUUGCUUUUUACUGAACUACAUAUCAAAGGGCUCAUUGUACUGGCGGUUGAUCCGAAUUACCAACGACAGAAAAUUGGUACCAAGCUUACUAAGUCGGGAAUGACUGUUGCCAAUAGAGAACAAGCAUCUGUAGGUUUUCUAG